AUGGCAGCCAGGAUCACAGUCGGUCAGGUUCCGGCCAUGUUCGCUCGACGUCAACCGAAGGUGUUCGGUGUCGGCAGACGCCUGCAAUCUACCUCUAUCACAACCCAGAAUAUCGCCUAUCCACUCUACCCCUCCGUCGCGCAGCUCCUCCGUGAGAAGGGCAUCCCCGAGUCCGACGUUUCCAAGAUCCCAGCCUCCGGCCCCAAGGGUCGUCUCUUGAAGGGCGACGUGCUUGCAUACAUCGGCAAGAUUCCCGCGAACUACCCGUCAAACCAAGCCGCCACACUUGCCAAGCUUACCCACCUCGAUCUGAGCAACAUCAAGAUUGCGGCUCCGGCCGCACCGGCCGCACCGGCCGUGCCCGAAAAGAAGGUUGUGGCCGAGCCGCCGCGUUUGACUUCUGUGGCCAUCUCCAUUUCCCUGGCCGCCGUGCUGUCUGCGCAGAAGAAGCUCCAAGAUAACCUGGGUGUGACAGUGCCGCUGUCCCGCUUCCUUGCCGUGGCUACAGACCUUGCCAACGACGACCUGCCUCGCCCAGCUAACUCUAAGCCCUCCGCCGACGAGCUUUUCGAUGAGAUUCUCGGCGCCGAGCCGAUCAACACAUCACGCGGUGAUUACGUUCCCGACCUGAACGCUUUCGACGCUCCUAAGUCUGUCCGCUCUAAGCCCGUUACCGAAGACCUGAUCGGUUUCCUUAGUGCCAAGCCGUCCAAGAAGUCUGCACCUGCAGCUUCGGUUGAGAGCGCGGGUGUUGCUUCUAAUGUUUUCAGCUUGACAGUCCCUGCUGGUGAGGAGGUCCGCGCGAAGGCAUUCUUGGAGCGAAUCAAGACUCUUCUCUCUGUUGAGCCGGCGCGCUUGGUGCUUUAG